AUGGACACGGACGAAAAAAAAAUCAAACCACCUCCAUCCAUUUUCGUCCGCGGAUUGUUGGAUUUUGCCGCACUUCGUACUAUUCUAAUCAACUCAGUUGGAAUCAAUAACUUUUUUGUCAAAUCAACUUCCAAAAACCUAAAGAUACAAUCCAUCAACUCUGACACUUACAGAUCGAUUAUAAAGUACUUGAAAGAGUCUAAAGCAGAAUGCCACAUAUUUCAAGUUCAGGAAGAUAAAUCUUUUCGUAUUGUUGUUAGAAAUUUGCAUCCAUCUACCCCAACAGUUGAUAUAGGUAUUGCAAUUCAAGAAAUUGGAUACACAGUUCGCAGUGUUAUGAACGUUUUACACAAAACCACAAAAAGUAAACUUCCGAUAUUCUUCGUUGAUUUAGAACCUGCUAAAAUCAACAAAGACAUCUUUCAUCUAAAUUCAAUACUUAACACAAAGAUCCAAAUAGAAGAACUGUACAAAAGACGGGAUAUUAUCCAGUGUACAAACUGCCAAGAGUACGGACACUCUAAAACCUAUUGUGCAUAUCCAUCAAGAUGUGUUCGCUGUAACUUCAACCAUUCAACCUUAGCUUGCAACAAGACCAAUGAUCAGCCACCUGUGUGUGUAAUCUGUGGUGGUGAUCAUACUGCAAAUUAUCGUGGAUGUCAAGUUCACAAGAAUCUGCAGAAACUCCAACACGACAAAUCCAUUUCAAACAAUAAAUUCAACAAAAAAGUAACAUUAAUUAUAGUAAUAUUGUAA